AUGGGAGGUGCUGCUCAUGCUCAGCAGCCCAACGUAGACAAUAAAUGGAUGGACAUGAUACCCAUGGUUGAGGAACCCGCUGAAGAGGAAAGCAUUCCUGAAGAGAAAACGCAGCAAUCUGGAGUAAAAGGACUUUAUUCUAUCGCUGAAGAGGUUGAGGAACCCGCUGAAGAGGAAUGCAUUCUUGAAGACGAAAUGCAGCGAUUUGAAAAUCUUCUCAAAAACUUUGUCAAAGAUAUAAACUAUGCUAAAUUCGAACAUGGGCGUAUCAUGAUUGAUAAUGAAGAACUAGACGCUUUCAAAGAACCUCUAUGAAAGAACGCAAAGAAGAAGAGAAUAGCUGAAAGACUGGUGCUUCUGGAAAGUAAUGUCAGCUAUUAAUAAAUGCGUAUUUUUA